AUGGUGGGUGCUCUAUCUGUUGUGGGAUCAUCAGUGAUGGACUCUCACACUGGCCCUUGUUUGUGUGUGGAUGCUCUCCCCACAACAACCAGUGUCAAUCUCAAGAGUGGUGGAGAUGUUGUUUCGUGCAAGAAUUUGAUGGGAAGGAAGCACUUGACGAAGCAUGGUGGAGGGACUAUGAAGUUGAGCAGUUCUUUCAUUGAUCCUGGAAGAGCGUGGAGACUCUUUGUUAGCAGAACUUGCAAGAGGCAGCGUAAGGAUAGGAGAGUGGCCAUUGUCAACGAGCUUGGAGGCCAAUAUGAAGAAAGUUUUGAAGAUGUUAAAACGCAAAUGCUCAACUAUUUCACAUACAAGGCUGUGAGGACUGUUCUUCAUCAGUUGUAUGAGAUGAACCCACCUAAAUAUACGUGGUUCUACAAUUUUGUUGCAUCAAACAAACCAGGAGAUGGGAAACGAUUUAUUCGAUCCCUUGGGAAGGAGCAACAAGAGCUUGCUGAAAGAGUGAUGGUAACUCGGCUUCACCUUUAUGGUAAAUGGGUCAAGAAAUGUAAUCAUGCUGAGAUAUACAAAGAAAUCUCUGAUGAAAACUUGGAGUUGAUGAGGGAACGCCUGAUGGAGACAGUAAUCUGGCCCUCAGAUGACACAAACACAGAAAAAAUUGGCUGA